GAAGCCGAGCAAACGCGAGGCGUCAGCGGCGCACGUGAAGAGUGCACUGGCCCACGAUCGCCAGCGCCGCCACUGCCACUGCCGCUGCCGCUGCCGCAUGACACAUCUGGCCAGUUGGUCAAAAUGGUUCAACACGAGCCCCCUUCUGAUUGGCUGAAACUAGCCAGCCAAUGGAAUUUGAAAGCCAAUCGAUGCAGGGCACACGCACAAGCGCUCUGUUUAGACGGCCUCCUCGCUUCGUCUUGCUUUGCUUUGCCUUGCCCUGCCCUGCCCGGCCUUGCUCUGCUCUGCUCUACUUUACUCUACGCUACGCUGCUCUGCUCUUGUCUGCCCGGCCUUGCCGGCCCGCCGGGCACCUGGCCAGUCUGCCAGGCCGGGCACCACCUGUCGGCCCGACUUCCGACUUGGUCAUAG